AUGGCCUUUACAGCUAGGGCGUCGCUGUUGGCUCUGCUGAUCGUCACCAAGUUCAAACUGCCUACUCGCAGGUUCAUUCUUUUGCUUUUGGUGAUUGUAUGGAUAAAUGCCAUCAACUUUUUCGUUUUUCACCAUAGACACAAGGCGUUGACGUACUUGACCAAUAAGUUUAACCAGCUCAAUCCGCUUAAUAACUAUGAGGGGCACGCCAUUCCUAAGAAACUCGUGGAUAGCAUUACAGUGAAGUUCUGGCUCAAUGAGGCCAAGAUCGUUUCGGAUCCAAGACGUAUUGAGAUCCAUUCACUGAACUAUGAUGAUUUGUUCACCAAGCAUCCGCUUGAAGAGGUGCUCCAGCUUUCGUUUUCGGAUCGUUGUGACGCCUUCUUUAAGAAUUUGUACGUGGCUAGUGACUCAAACUGGGUUAUGGAUACUCCUAACCGGUAUAAGAUGGAUAUGGAGUAUGAAAUGUCCUGGGACGACUAUAAGAAGAAGUACGAGGAGAUCACCAGGAAGAGAAUAGGGCUUGCCCAGAAUAAGGAGCCCGAUAAGGUUGACGGGAAGGAUGUUCACAAGGCCAUCGCUAAGGUUUAUGAUGGCCUCAAGGAUAAGGCCAAGAAGAACGAGAAGGAAAUGCAAGAGCAGCUUGCGUAUGGCCGUAUCUUUAGCAAGUGUUACGUCAACAGGGACGACCCAAAGUCUAAACUGCGACUGGAUAGGUUUGCCGCCUCGCAGGCGCGUCUGGUGGGUCGUUUCUCCAGUGGUCGCUUUACUGAAACAGAUAAGGAAAGGGAGCUUUCUGCUAAUAAGUUUCCUGAUUGCGCUGAUUUGGAAGCUCGUGUUUAUCCAUGGCUUUCGUACCAGUUUCCAGUGUAUGAACGGUUUCUGGGCAAUAUCGUCAAGAGCCCACCGCACAUGUCUGACUACGUGAAGGGCGCUCUGGAACUGGAUAGUGAGCUGGAAAGGGGCGGUAAACCUGUUCGUUCUAAGCUUACGGGUAAUAGAGCUUGCUGGCUUAAUGUCUACAAGAAUAAGCUUAAUGGUAAGGGUAUUGUGAUUCCAUUCCACCCUACCUAUAUAGACCAGACCGUCUCGCUUAUCAGAGUGCUUCGUGCCUUGAAGAACAAAUUGCCUAUUCAAAUCUUGUCUUAUGGGCAGCUUGAGGAGACGCAGAAGCAAAAGUUGAGCGAUCUGGCCAGGGAACCUUUUGUUGACCUUCCGCCUAGUUUCACCAAGGUGGCUGAGCACAUCGGCGAGCUGAUGUUGGAAAAUGAAGAGGUGGGACUCACGCAGCAAGAGCUCUGGUUUGUUGAUGCUCUGUCUGUUCUCGUUCCUGAAGCUAAAGACAGAUGGGAAGACUAUCCGCUUUCGAUCUUGGCGACUUUUGCAAGUUCCUUCGAGGAAGCACUUCUCAUGGACCCAACUAUUGUGCCUUUGAAGAACCCAGAAUACUUUUUCAACCUUAAAGAGUACAAAAACACUGGAGCUUACUUCUACAGAGCCAAACCUAUGCAUAACCGUAAGGAGAAGAACAUUGACUUCUUCAACAAGAUGUCGCCCUCGUUGGUCGACACUGUGAUGUUCAACAUUCCGAUCUUGACUGAGACUUCGCUUUCGUUGCCAUUCUUUGAAGGCCUUCAAGAGAUGCAAGACUCAGGUGUGGCAGUCAUUAACAAGGCACGUCAUUUCGGUGCCCUCAGUACAUUGCUACAAUUGGGCGCCUACUGGCCCGCUUCAUACCGUGGCAGUAUUGCUCAGGAACUCUGGCUAGGGUUUAUCGUUGCUGGAGAUGAAGAUUUCCAUUUCAACAAGUACCUUCCUGCCGCCUUGGGUGACGAACCACCUGAAGAGGAGAAAGCACCACAAGUCUGUAGUGUCCACACUGGACACUUGGACCCAGAGUCAACAAACCAACUCGCAUGGAUGACGGGAGGCUUUGCCGUGUGCCCGAUUGAAAACCCAGAUGUGAGUGAUGACUUUGGAAAUGCAUUCACGGCGAAGACGUUCGAGGACCCUGAGGAUAUGGUUGAAUACUACAAGAGUAGGUUUAGCCUCAGGGUGGCUAUCGUACCGCCAUUUGAGGAUACUAGAAGCUUUGAUUUGAAAAAUGACGACGGCAAUCCAGUGAGUCCUUGGCAAGUAGGCCAGGGAUGUCUGGGAUUGGUGCUCUGCGCCAAUGGUGAGAUCGGAGGGUCAACGAAACAUGGCCCCAACAUACAAAAAGGUCAAUUUAUCGAGUUUGAUCCACUCGAACUGAACCUUAACGCAUUUUAUGGAGAUAUUUGGAUGGGCUGA